AUGGCCGAAGAGGUGCAGUCAAUCAGCGGACGGGGAGGGAAAAGAAAAGGUGAUGAAUUCCUAGCCCUUUAUCCAGAUCACACUAAUUCUGUCAAUUCAGCCGCAGUUGACAGCAGCACUUACAAGAAAUUCCCUGAUAAUUUAAACUCGGGUAGCAACUCCUGCCUGCCGGGCAAUUUGCAUGGACAGGCCCACUACCCAACACCCGCACGCAGACGUCAUCGGACUACCUUCAGUCAGGAGCAAUUGGAACACCUGGAGGCUACUUUCAGUAAAAACCAUUACCCAGACAUCUACUGUAGGGAGGAGUUGGCGAAGAUCACCAAAUUAAACGAGGCACGCAUACAGGUAUGGUUUCAAAACAGACGUGCAAAGCAUCGGAAACAAGAACGUGCCAUUCAGAAGUCAAUCCCUCCCACUGUUAUUUCAGCCUGCGGUGGCUUAAUACCUGCUGUUUGUCCCAUGUCUACUUCAGCCAGGCCGUACCAGUAUCCACACGCCAUCAACCACAUGUCACGCUUCUCUUCGAUGGCAACGAGUGGCUAUGGUUCCCCUUCAGCUGUCAGCCAAUUCACCUACACCAGCACGCAUGCACACUUGGCCACUGCACCUCCUGCACCAAGGCAGCAUGAAGACUGGUACAGUCCACUACGCUCCAUUAACUCUCCCUCAGCUGGCUUACCCUCAUCAAUGCUUUCCCUGGGACCCAUGCCAGGUCUGGAUCCACAAACACAUUGGAGCUAA